AUGAGUUUAAACAAAAUUAAAUACGACGAGCUGGAGGAACUAAGGAGGAAAAAUGAAGUCCUGAUGAACUUGCUAAAUAAGCUAAUCUCUUUCGAUAAGAAAAGGUUUGUUCCAGAUUAUUUGAACAUAAUAAAAGAACCAAUGGACUUUACCACCAUGAAACAUAAAAUCCAAAAUUAUAAAUAUAGAGACUUUCAAGAAUUUGAAAAGGACUUCUUCUUAAUUAUCAAUAACUGUUACACUUACAACGACAAAAGUACUAUCUACCACAGGAUCGCAGAAAAUGUAGAAAAUUACUAUAAAAAGAUUACCCCCAAAAUAUAUAGGAAGUACCUAAAUAUACAUCUCCUAUAUCACAGUGAGGAUAAGGAUGUGUUAAAUAAUACCCUAUAUGACCCGAAUGUAAAUGAGGUCAAAAAAACACCUGUUAAAGAAAUUAAAAAAAAUCUCAGGCCAAAAAAACAAGGAAAGGUAGGCAGACCAAGCAAAGGAAGCAUAAGUUUUAAAAACGAAGACGCUGAUAUGAACCAACCCGCGAAUGUUAAUAAAAAAAAAAAAAAAACAAUAAAAAUUUAGAUGCUAGAGCAGGAAAACUUCUCCACAAUCUUAGAUACCAUUCAAAAUAGUAAUGAUAAAUCGAAGGAUAUUUUUGACAUGUUAAUUAAAGUACUGUCAGAUAACAAGAGCAGCUACUCCCCCCUAUGUAACUAUGUAAAUAUAAGCAAAUCAUUACGGAAAGUAUUUUUUGGAGUUCCCAUUUCCAUAAAAAGAGACAUAACCGACAUAGUCGACGUAAGCGAUGUAAAUGAAAGUUCAAAUGUAAAGACUAAAAAGAGGAAAAUAUCAAAUGAAGAGGAACAGGAUAAGUACACGGGACCCACUUCGCACAGCAGUGCUCAAAACGAGACCGAUGCUAAGACUGACACAAGCAUUGACAGAGAAGCCAGCUGUGGGGAUUGCGAGUCUCCCCCCUGUCAGCCCAACAGUAACGAGGAUAACAACGCAGAAGAAUUAAACAAUGAUAGUGUAAAAACGGGCGAAUGCCAGGAUAAUCCCCCCGCGGACACAUUAGAUGACGAUUCUGCAGAAGAAGUAAAACCCCCAGAUAAGAAAAACAAACCAGAAAACGAUUUCGUAACAUACAACAUUGAAAAAAAAGAAUUAACCAUGAAACUGCUAAACUACAAAGAAAGUGUAAAAAAAUUUAUCGGAGAAUCAAAUCUUCCUACAUUCAUUAAUAUAUUCCCAAAUAUUUACAACAUUCUAGAUAAUGCAGAUUCAAAAAAUUUAUACUAUGCUGCCUUCAAUGACUUAAGAGUUUUCGGCUUAGAUGUAGCAGAUUUUGACGAAUUUAACCAAAAAAUUUCUUACAAUAAAAAUUACCUCAUGGGAGUUGGUAGAUAUCAUAUAAAAAAUGUCCUAACAUUGGAUAAAAAUCUGUCAAACAUAAUGCAUAACGAAGGGAACAAAUCUCACUUUUGUGAGCAGAUAAAAUCGUACUUGUCAAAUGAGAAGUAUAAAGGCCAGAAAAGCACUGCCUCACGUCAGCACAGUGAAAGUGAGAAAACCAAACAGUCAGCUACAAAUACAAAGAAGUGCGUCCGAACUAGUGAAAAUCAAACAGAAGAUACUUCACACUUCGAAAUGGGAAAUGACCGAGAAAAUCCCGUUGCGCAAAACGUUCAACAUGCUGAGAGUUUUCACUUGCACAGUAAUAAUAAGGAUCAUUCCUCCCAAACGAAAAAUAAAACACCCACAGGUAAUACCUUUGAGAAGAGGCAAAAUACGAGUAGUCCCCUAGACAACUCUCAUUUGAUGUACAGUGACACAUAUUUUAAGGACAAUUCGAAAUAUAGCAGUGACCAAUUUUCGAGCGAAUCAUCUGACAUUGACAAUUUGGACAUGAGGAACUUUUUAGAUACGUAUAAUUCAUAUAGCAAGAAAUUUGUAAGGAGGCAACAAAUUUACGGAAUUUUGAAAAAUAAAAUUAAAAAGUUGUUUAAAAAAAAUGCCACGCAGAAGGCUACGUCGUAA